AUGAACUCAAGGAGAGGGAAGAGGGUAACCUGUAAGGAAACGGAGAAUAAUGGAUUAUUUCAUCGAUCCAACAGUACCAGCGAAACAGUGAGAGCAACAAAUUCGGAUUUAAAUACACCAGAACAACCGAAAGCAGAUUUAGCUUCUAUCGAAGUCGAAACAGUUUCAAUAGACGAGAAGAACGAGCAAAAAGCUAGGCCACCCCAUACGAGACGUUUAUCGCAAGAUUAUUUGUCAAGAAAACAUUUCAUUGAACUCGCAGCCGAUAAAAUUGAACGUUCUCAACAACAAUUGUUGGUACUAAAACACAAAGACCCUGCAGAGGAAGUAUAUCCAUCUUUACGUUUAUCUAGUGAGCUAAGCAUGGAUAUAUAUACAACGGGUGAUAUGAUUGAGGACAUGAACGAGGAGGAAUUAGAAUACAACAUCAGAAUUAGUCAAACAAUCCAAACAACUUGGUCUGAACACGACCCGGAAUUAAAGACACAUCAAGAUUGCGACAACCUAUGUAGGGAGAGGAUAAAUGAAAGCAAUCUUUCGUACGACGAACAUACAAUGGAGAGCCGUAAAGCUGCGAUCAUGCGAAAAUUUGAGCGAACAAAAAUGAAGUGGGGAGAGAGGGCGGACGACGAACUUCAAUUUCUAUCUUUACCUCAAAAUUGCUUGGGUGUAGCUUUACCCUACCGUUAUAUUGAGGAUUUAAUUGCAAAAAGAAAGAUUGAAAUUCGAUUGUUGGAACAAGAAUUGGAAAAGAGAGCGGAUAAUAGGGAGUACGUUCCACAUACAGAUGCAUCCUAUCCAUAA